CCGCUCUGCGGAGCCUGGCAGGGACUCGGUGUCCCAGCGCGCCGCGGGCCGCGGGCGGAGGGCAGAGGUGGGAAAGGCGGGCCAGGCGGGCAAGGCGUGCGGCUGCAGUGGAAGGUGUUGGGGCUGUGCGGUGUCGGGGAGGCAGCAGGAAGACGCACAGAGUCUGUCUGAGCAACACCAGGAUGGAGGAGCCCACUGGGAACCUUCCCUUCCGGAGAAACAUCCUUCCCGAGUCGUGCUGUGGUCAUGUCACCAUAACAAACCUGGUGGAAGUGCUGAGAUCUUUGGUGGCUUUAACUGACCCUCAGGAGGGGAAGCUGACUCAGUCUCAAGAGAAAGCACUAAACUUGCUGGGCAUUUGGAAAAGUGUAUUUAGAGUUGUUCCUGGGCCUACAUCAAAGACCUCAGUGGAGUGACAGCUCGAAGAUGGGAGACCAGGAGGCGGGUGAACCUUUUCUGGGGAUAGUGGCUGAUGGGGGCAGAGACUUUGAAGGAGCUCUGCCCUCAGACACGGUGUCACUCAGCGAUUCUGACUCUGAUGACUUGGGGCUGGCGGAUGAAGCAGAAGUUGAUACAAUAUCUCCCGAGGAGCCAUCUGUAGAUGAAGGGGAUUCCAGAUCAGGAGAGACACCUGACUCUUCAAACAGCAGAUCUCCUGUGCAGCCAUUCCAUCUGAAGGGCAUGAGUUCUACGUUCUCUCUCCGUAGCCAGAGCAUUUUUGAUUGCCUGGAAGAGGCAGCCAAGCUGUCUGUGCCCUCGAUGCCUGAAGAUAAUGUUGUUGAUGGGAGGUUCAAGCGCCCAUUGCCUCCAACCACAGUUUCAGGUAACGUGGUCCCAGAAAACAUGGGAAGGCAAGCCAGAGCAGUGCAGGCUCCCAGAACCUCUCCUGCAGUGCCUGACUACGUGGCACACCCGGAGCGCUGGACCAAAUACAGCCUGGAGGGAGUUUCAGAGUGCAGUGACAAGACUAACAGGGCAGUGGCCAUGGAAUUUCUGGGGGGUUUGAAGAAAAGAGGGGAGCAACAGAGCUCGGCUACCCAAGACAGCUACACCCAGUCCUUCAACCAGGACCCUUCCAGCUGUGGAGCUGGGAGGAUUGUCUUCACCAAACCAACCAAAAGAGGUGUUGAUGGACUGGAAAAGAAAACAUCUACAGGGGAGGAUGAUAAAAAACAGGUGAAGACAGAUCUGAAAGGAAAAUCUCUUAAGAAGGCUGAUGACCUGAGGGAAGAGGAUAAGGUUGAGCUGGGGCACUUAGACAGUGACAGUGGAAAGGCAGCAGAGGAGGAGGAGUGCAUGAUGGAAGGGGACCAGAACACAGAACAUAAACCUGAUACAAGGCUUAGUGGUGCAGGUGAAGAGCCAUCGCUGGGAACAGUUGGAUUCCACUGCAGUAAGAAGAAGAGCAGGAAAAAUUUCCGACCUAAAGCAGAUGAUGAAGGGGAGGAAGAAGAGUCCUGAAGGAUGAAGCACAUUGGAGACAUCCCAGGACUUGUCUUGGUCAUUUUUUUCCUUCUCUCUCUCUUUUUUUUUUUUUCCCCCCUUUCUGGUCUGAAAACCACAUGAUAGCUUUUUGUCCAACAGUUUGCAUCAUAGCCACCAAGAAUGUUUUAUAUUGUUAGAAAUUAGGCUACCUAAAAUAAACUCCAGCCUUUUUGUUUAUGAGAGUUCCAUGGGCACAGGAUAGUUGCAUCCUGGCAGGAUAGAAUAAAGUGUGAUACUCCAGAGCUGAAGUAUCCAAAGAAACAGAAGUGUUAGCUAAACGGUUGCAGGGCUUCCUAGUAACUCCCAGUUUUGGAAUUGUUCCCAAAUCCUGUGGAAUCCUGGAGAAAAGGUGAUGAGCUCAUUAUGUAGAGAUUUUUAAACUAUGAAAAUAAAACCUAGUCUUCCACUGCAUGUGAUUUCUUCUGGCCCUGUCCCAGGGAGGAAAACCUUUUAACUUUUUUGUUUAAAAACAUCUUUCUGUCAUUGCCAUUGAGGGUGAAAGCACAACAAUGCCCAGUUACAUGAUGUGAGGAUCUGCACCUUUGUAUGUCCUUUCCAGGAGGUGCUGCUUCCAUACUGAUUCUAUAUGUGGAUUGGGGCAUUUGUGGGAAUCAGCUAUUUAUACCAGAACUGGAGACUUUUUUUUUCUAUGUGAUACAAUAAACUUUUGGUUGUAACUUGA